CAGUGUGUGGGGAGGGGCCCUCAGGGCGAGCACACCCCUCCUUGCUGUGUCGGAGUAUUUCAGAACAGAGGCCAGCAUUUAGUCACUCAGCAGAGAAGCUCUACAUAUCACUCCGUCGAUGAAAUCCACCCCAACCUGUUUGGAUCACAAGGACAAUAUUUUCACCGUUUUUCUUUCGAGGACUGCAGCUCUUUUCAUCUUCUAGAAGCGGUGCGUCGUGACCUCAGGUUCCUUUUACGCACAGAUCUUGGAGCCUACAAUAGAAGGACAAUGCCUCGGUCCUUCUUGGUAAAGAAGUAUUUCGCUAAACAAAAACCAAACUACAGUGAACUAGAAUGUCAGAAUGAUACUUUACUGGAGACCUAUCCUCUUGCCGAGGUCCCAUCAACAGACAUCACCAACUCCACCUGCUUCACCACAGGUCUGGUGUGGGACCUGAGCGUCCUCCCUGCACUCUAUCUGCCCUCCACCCAUUCAGAACCCUCUGGCACCUCAGCCCCCCUGGACCUUAGCUUCCCAUGCAGUCUCAGCAGCAGCGCCAGCAGCAGUGGAGAGGAGGAUGAGGGUCGCACCUCAGACCCCCCCAGCCCUGAACCCGUCAUCACAUACGCCCCUCGCCAAAGGAUGAAGUGCACCGGUGUUAUGGCUCAUGUCAGCCCCCCUGAAGAGGAGGAAAGAGGAGAGACUCCCGUAACAGCGACCAGGCCGGCUUUCCUAUGCAAACAUUGUCCCAAAGAGUACACCAGCUUGGGUGCUCUAAAGAUGCACAUCCGCUCGCACACCCUACCCUGCGUUUGCACCACCUGCGGGAAGGCGUUCUCCAGGCCCUGGCUGCUGCGUGGCCACAUUCGCACACACACAGGUGAGCGUCCAUUCUCGUGCCCCCACUGCAACCGAGCUUUUGCGGACCGUUCCAAUCUGAGGGCCCACCUGCAGACCCACGCUGAGGUAAAGAAGUAUCAAUGCGGCGUCUGCUCUCGCACCUUCAGCCGCAUGUCGCUGCUGCAGAAACACAGCUCCUCAGGGUGCUGCUCCACAUUGGGUUAAGGCACCAUGAGUGCAUGGAAGGGAACUACCAGGAGCUCGGACCCAUGGAAAACUAUUGUGAAGCCCUGUUAGAUUGUUUAAGAUGCCACAAAGAUCAUGAAAUUGCCUGAUUUAAGAGACCUGGAGGGAAUCAGACCUCACUGCGGAUCUGGCUUUACAAGCGUUUUUGCUUCUCUGUUCCAUUGUAAAACAGUUGGGAAGCAGUUUUUUUGUACUUUCUUCUAUUGUUGACUGAGUUUUUGAGGCUGGACCAUCUGAACUGAAAAAAAACUCACUUGAGUGAUCAGCAGACAUUGUCAUUAUUGCUAUUUGUGCCCAUUCCAAGCAACACAUAACAUGAACUCGUUGGGGUAAAAGGUGUCUCCUCCCAGAUCUUCGUCCUGGUGCCGGUCAGCUCAAGAUCAUGGCCUAGAUGCAGCUGCUCAGAGGUAGGGGUGCGUGGGUGGGAUAAAUCCCUUGGCGCGUCUCAAAGCUCACACACUCACGCACAUACAAAAGCGAAUGCACACACAGCUGUCCCUGGUACUGUGGUGCAGAUAGAUGAGGUCCUAACAGGUGCUGCAGCCAUGACCUUUGCUAGCUGAUAGUAGGUGACUUCCAAUGCUGUUGGUUUGCUUAAGGAAAAAGAGGAAGUAUGUCAUCACAGAAGAAUGGCACCAGUUUAACAUUUUUUUUUUUUCACUGAUGUGGAUCAUUGUAAGCCUCUGUUUUGACUAAAACAAGAACCUCUGCCCUAAUCUGAUGGGUUUUAGAGAUAGGAAAAGCCAUUCUGCUGUUUCCCAAAGAAGAUUCAGUGUGCAGCUCUGCUGCAAUAUGUGUAAAAAUGAAAGCCAUGAACUUAAGGUUACUACAGUGUUAAUGAUACCAGCCAGAGCCAUGUGACUAAAAUGAAUGUGCCUUGAAAUUUGUAUUAUUCAUACAACCAAAGUGUGCCUUUUUUACCUCACUUAGCUGAUGUGGCUUUGAAACCUGAUUUCAGUAUUAGCAGAAAAUUAGCUAAGUUUGGAACUCUAGGUUGGGACCAAAGAUGUUAACAGUUUACACCAUGGAAACAUGGUUGCCUGAUGUGAUGAAAGGCAUGUAAAUGGACCAUACAGAGAAGAAUUUCUAAUGUUCCUAAAUAUUUUACGGCUGUUUUUUAGUGCAAUGUGCAAAUGAUGUGUUAUUUUUUUUCUACUAUGCCUGUGUGUUCACCUUUAAUUCCUGUAUGUCGUAAAUGAUGCCUUUUCAUUCAAUAAAGUAAUUUAUGUUUAUUAAAA